AAGUUCAUGAUGUUCGAUAUCAUAUAAAUCCAAUGUCCCCAAGGACUGCGAGCCCCCAACCCUCGCGAUUAUUUCAUAGUACUCGUACCUAUACGAGAAAGGACGUUACACGGUAACACCAACUACAGUCUCAUGAGCGAGGUUCGUAAAACCGCUACCAAUCAUAUUGAAGCAUUGUUUACACUUACGGUCGUGUACUAUCAGCAAGGACAAUUGCACGCUGCUUCUGUUAAUGCGAACGUCAUACAUACACCUAGUCUAGCCGACAACAAUCUCCGCAACAUCAUUCACCCUAGAGAUCCUACUUGCAGCCGUCUGCAACUCCCAGUAGGAGACAAAGUAGGCCUUACCAAGACAGGCGUACAUUAUUGCCGUCUCCCUCCGGGAACGACAAGUACCGCUCUUCAUUGGCAUUCACAUGAAGAUGAAUGGGCCUACAUUGUCGACGCUGGCCGGGACUGCUUUCUUCUUACUCAUGACGAGGGCACGAAUGAGACGAAGGAAGUUCCUCUGACCACUGGAGACUUCCUUGCAUUCCCUGCUGGUACAAAGGUAGCUCAUGGAUUUAGGACGGGCAAAGAUUCCCUCGUUUACCUCAUGGGUGGAAGCAGAGAGUCUAUGGACAUAUGUCAUUAUCCUGAAAUCGGCCAGCGUUUGAUCAUUGAUCGAAAUGGGGAAAAUUGGCUCGUUGACGAACAGCAUGUCAAAACGCAAGGUUGAAUUGGACGAGAAUCUAUAUUCCCCUGAACCAUAUACACACACAUUGAUAUCGGAGGUGAUGGUAUAUGUUGCGUGCAUUGUUUCCUCUCUAGACUUGCGGUCGGAGUCUGUAACACUAGGGUAUAACAUGACUCACCUGCUAUUGGUUGUACAAACGACUCGAAGUAAUCUUCAUAUCCCCUUUUCGUUUCCGCUAAAUACUGGUGUCAGGGCAGGGUUCCAACAACCCAUCCCAGUCUAGCGUUGUUACUACCUCUUUCAGUUGUCCGAUAUCCUCCUGUACGUCGAUGCAAUAUUGUAAUGAUAGCAGUUCGAUAGGACGCCCUAUCUUCUUGCGACUCUCUAGCGCAGAGAAGAGCGGGCGCGGACCAGCUAUGAUUUCCUCCGCAGGUCCUACAUUGGAUGGGUAGUAUCUAGUCCAGGAAA